UCCGCAGCCGCAGCAGCGCCUUUAUAUAAACUCUCAAAAGCCACACUUCUCUUUCUCUCUUCUCCCAAUCUCUCCCAGUCUGUUAGAUUAAUAUUUUAUUUUCCAUUGAAAUUCGAGCUCGUAAGCUUCAAAAAAUGGCCGCAAAUUCAAUCCUCCGAUCCACCGCCAUCCUCCCCGGCGCCACCACCGCUCAGCUCGCCUCCUCUAAGGUUUCCUCGGUGAGCUUCUAUAGCAGUUCGUUAAAGGCUCAGUCAAGCAUAUUUGGUGCUUCUGUUCUUGGGGAUUCAUCAUCCUUACAAAAAUCUAGUUCUCGGAGUAUCCAACCAAUCCAAGCUACGGCCACUGAACUGCCUCCUACCAUUCAGAAGUCGAAAAGUGACGGGAAGACAAGAAUCGGAAUCAAUGGUUUUGGAAGAAUUGGGAGGCUGGUGUUGAGAGUGGCAACUUUUAGAGAUGAUAUUGAUGUCGUAGCUGUCAAUGAUCCAUUUGUGGAUGCCAAGUACAUGGCAUACAUGUUUAAAUAUGAUUCUACUCAUGGUGUAUACACCGGAUCUAUUAAAGUAUUGGAUGCAACCACUUUGGAAAUAAAUGGAAAGAAGAUCAAGGUUACUAGCAACAGGAACCCUUCAGAGAUCCCGUGGGGUGAAUAUGGAGCAGACUUUGUUGUUGAAUCUUCUGGGGUUUUUACAACGAUUGAGAAGGCUUCAGAACACAAAAAGGGUGGUGCGAAGAAAGUUGUAAUUUCAGCUCCUUCAGCUGAUGCUCCUAUGUUUGUUGUGGGUGUUAAUGAGAAAACAUACAAACCAAACAUGGAUAUCGUAUCCAACGCAAGCUGCACUACCAAUUGCCUUGCUCCUCUUGCCAAGGUGGUUCACGAGGAGUUUGGCAUUCUAGAGGGGUUGAUGACUACUGUGCAUGCAACAACGGCUACGCAAAAGACGGUUGAUGGUCCUUCCAUGAAAGAUUGGCGUGGGGGACGCGGUGCUGGGCAAAAUAUUAUCCCUAGUUCUACUGGUGCUGCUAAGGCUGUUGGAAAAGUGCUGCCAGAUCUCAACGGAAAGCUCACUGGAAUGGCUUUCCGCGUUCCAACACCCAAUGUUUCUGUUGUAGAUUUGACUUGUCGACUUGAGAAGAGUGCUUCAUACGAAGAUGUAAAAGCAGCAAUAAAGUACGCAUCUGAGGGACCCCUUCAUGGUAUUCUUGGGUACACUGACGACGAUGUUGUGUCAAGUGAUUUUGUUGGUGACUCAAGGUCAAGUAUAUUUGACGCACAAGCUGGUAUGGGGUUGAGUUCAUCCUUCAUGAAGCUCGUAUCAUGGUACGACAAUGAGUGGGGCUACAGCAACCGAGUACUGGACCUGAUCGAACACAUGGCAUUAGUAGCAGCUACCUCCUAAAUUUGAUGGGAAGCAGCUGAUGCUUCAGUUUCUCCCUCCAAAAGAACCAGUUUGUCAAAAUAGAAUUUAGAAAUAUAGCGGUCAUUUUUGCUCUUGAGUUGACCUUUGCUGUUACCCUAUGUAAAAUUUCACAGAUAAUGUGGAGCUCGAAAUAAUUCCAAGUAAAAAACUCUGUUAAACUGUAUCAGCAUCAUGUAUCGAUGUUAUUCUGAUGGCAUAACUGUUUAGUCUUUCGACUGCUGUAUCUGAGCUCUGUUUCUUGAUAACUGUGUUAAAUUAUGUGCA